AGAAUAAAUCAUGGAAAUGUCCAUGCUGUCGCACUACCAGCCUGUUCCUUUUUUUGUUAUGUGCUCGAAGCUAAGAUAAUCAUGUAACGUGUUUCAUGCUAAUGUGCGGGCUUUUUACAGAACAAUCCAUUGAAGAAAUGUUGUUUACAAGCAUGUGGAAAAAGAAGGACCAAACAUGUUUUUCAUGUUUAAGAGAAAAAGGUGACCAAAUAAAUGAUGGGAAAAUCUGUCUCUGCCCUCAAGGGUCUCUUUCUGCCCUUCUCUUACCCCCACUUUUUGCUCUCAUGACCAUGGACGUAUCCGGCCCCUGCGGUGCAGCCCCCACUGUGGAUCUCAGUUGUAGGACUAUCAGAGAGGUAUAAGAGGGGUGUAGAGGAAAAGCACCAGGCACUCUGUUAUGAUCGAGAGUCAGGACGGAUCUCUUAAAGCCAGUUUUGGACCUGAUGGAGCAGCUUGGACAUCACCUUCACUAAAGGGCUCCUUUAACGACGCAGCUGAAACUGAAACUGAGGGCGUGUUUGACAGAUCUCCAGAAUGGACAACAUCACAGCCAAAGCUAAUGUGGGAGUCAAGCUCAGGUGUAACAUGACCGGGCACCAUGAUUACAUCUUCACGUUCAUCCCAAUAGUCUACAGCUGCAACUUUAUCAUCGGAAUAGUAGGCAACUGCCUGGUAGUCGCUGUCAUCUACUUCUGUUUAAAGCUAAAGAAUGUUGCAAACAUAUUUGUUUUGAACUUGGCGUUGUCGGACUUGAUCUUCCUCCUCACCCUGCCCAUUUGGGCCGUAAACACUGCAACAGGCUACGAGUGGGUCUUUGGAGACUUCCUAUGUAAGGCCAUUGCUGGUAUGGCCCUCCUUAGUCUAUAUACAAGUAUUUUUCUCCUCACUGCUCUCAGCAUUGACCGCUAUCUGGCCAUCGUUCAUCCCGUCAAGUCCCGCAGGUGCCGUACGGUGGUGUACGCCCGUGUGACGUGCAUCUUGGUUUGGGUUGUGGCUUUUCUUUUAAGCCUUCCCACAGCUGUUAUCCGUGAGACCCAUUUUAUCCAGCAUAACAAUGUCACUGUAUGUGGCAUCCUAGAUGGAGAUCUUGGCAAUGUGCUGGCAGCUCUCAGUCUGAUGAAGAUUGUUCUUGGGUUCCUUCUGCCCAUCACCAUCAUCCUCACGUGCUACUGCCUGAUUGGCCGCUCUCUGCUCAAAUCACGGGACAUUCAGAGGAAUUCCAGAUGGAACGGGGACGAGGUGUUGUGCAUGCUGGCCGCCGCCGUGCUGUCGUUUUUCCUUUGCUGGACACCACAUCAGAUCUUCAACUUCUUGAACAUGCUUGGUCUGCUGAAAGUGAUCACCAACUGCGAUGUCAUUGAGAUCAUUGACACCGUAAUGCCAUUCACCAUUUGCAUUGCCUUUUUCAACAGCUGUAUGAACCCAAUCCUGUACGGUUUUGUCGGGAAGAACUUUCGCAGGAACUUGCUAAAGCUCUUGAAGCGUUCCUCGACUUCUGUGGUGUCUCACCCCUCCCUCAGUACCAAGAUGAGCUCUCUCUCAUAUCAAACCUCGGAGACAUUACACCUCUCCGUCAAUAAAAUGUCCUCAAUACCUCAAGCCACAUGAGGAAAACAGGAAGAGACUGAAUCUCAGAUGAAUCGUCUUUUUAAACUCACUGAUUCAAUUCAGGAGAUGACUCUUGGUUAUUGUGUAUGUAUGUGUAAAUUUGAUCCAACAACAUUAUAUAUAAAGUUAACUUUUCACCUUCCUCACCUCACCAAAGGACGAGAUCAUGCUGAAAAUGCUAAAUAUGUUUUGUAUAAUAUUUCUAAUAUUUCACCCAUCUAAGCUGUUAAAGUGCCAUUUGUGCAAUUUAAAUGCUGUAUUUUCCACCAAUGUGAUGAAUGAAAUCUUCAUAAUUCUACACGUUUUAAAUCUGAAAUGGAUUGUCUCAUAGCUCCACUGAUCAGACCAGGGGUUUACAAACAUUUUUUUUUAUGGCACAU